CCAGUCUCUCUCGCUCUCUCCGUACAUUACCUCCCCACUUUUCUUCCUCUGCCCAGCGACGUCAAUUUUCAUUGGAUAAAGCGGUGGCAUAAACGCCAGGAAUAUCGAGGUUCUGGUUUCUCCACGUCGUUUAGUUGUAAAUUUUUUAACCCAUUGACAAGUUGUUUAUUUUUUAGGGCAUUGGUAGUCCACGUCGCCGGCUGGAUCCAACCAGUGGUGUUUACGUUCCUUUACAUUACCGUAAACUGUAAGAGGUUUUGCUUUAUGAAUGAACAACGAGAAGGAAAUACACGGGAUUGUGAAACUCUCCAACCGCGGUCGCGGGGAGCGAGUCACCGAUAUGAGGGAUUAGCGUCCUCAUACCCGGUACUCAUUGCGGAAAAGCCUCUCACUGCGGACCCAUGUGAAAACGCACGGUGGGAGAACGUGCUCAAUAGGCAUUGACCAGCGGAAAACCGUGGUGACCAUGUCCAUUCAUAUUGUUGCGCUGGGCAGUGAGUGCCCCGGGGGAGUGGGGCCAGGAGAAGAGGCCAUGGGUCAGGGCCAGCUCCAGGGGGGCCUGCUGUGGAGUUAUUUGGGCCACGGCGCCAUGGCCGGAGGGCCUGAGGAGAGCAGCCUGUCCAACCCGGCCUUCAUGGAGUACACGUCCCACGUUUUUGGAGACGUCACUGUGGUGGUGCAGGACUGCCCUAGCUGGGAUCUGUUGGACAGUGACUGGGCCAGUGUGCGGAGCGUUCUAGAACAGGCUGACAUCCUGGUCAUCAAGUACUCGAUCAACGACAAGCUGGCCUUCCAGCAGGUGCGCAACGGUUAUGCCCCUAGACUCCGCCCCCUGCUACGUCACUGGGGCGUGCCCGUCAUUUUGGUUGCUGUGGGCGCCCGCCUAAACGAUGAGGGGCCCCCCUGCACAUGCCCCCUGUGUGCAUCAGACUGGAGCAGCUGUGUCCCCCAUAGUGAGGGCCUGCAGCUCUCUAGGGACCUGGGGGCCACUUACCUGGAGCUGCCCUCCCUCAACCACGUCUUUGUGGGUCGCUACUUUGGCAGCGUGCUGGAGUACUUCAUGAUUCAGUGUUUGAAGCAGAAGGCCAAAGAGAGGCCAGAGAAGAGGCGGGGCAACAAGAUGAAUGAGCCCCAUCCCCCUCAUCUGGAACAGCCAGCGCGUCUUCCCCCCAUCCGAGUGGAGGAGUCCAGCUUCUCUAAGGACCUACAGUGGCUGCUGGAGCGUGGCAUCCAGUUCGCCGACGUGGCCUUCUACUCCGGGGACUCUGGGAAGGAACUGGGCUGGGGGCACGCCGCUGUGCUCUGUGCCGUCAGCCCCUAUUUCAGACAGCUGCUGCUGGGCCCCAAGGCCAGGGAGAGGCCCAUAUCACGCUGCGCCUGCCGGGGGGAUGGCCGGGGGGAUGGCCGGGGGGAUGGAGGCCCCCCAUCGCUGCUCUCCACCUGGGAUGGGGGCCUGGGCAUGGAGGACGGGUCGCGGCCCGACGGGCAUCUGGCCGGACGGCUAUCACGCCUGGUGGUGAAGGACCCACUGCUGUGCCUGUGCCUGUGGGAGACACUCAUGUUCCUCUACCGAGGGGCGUGGGAGUGGGAGCACCUUCAGGAGGCUGUGGGGGAGAAGCUGAAGAACUCUCUGGCCGUGGCUCAACUCAUGGACCGCAUCCGCUCCUUCCUGGGCAGAGACAAGGGCCCCAGGGACACGCCUAAUGCUCGUCCCCCCCAGCUUGGUCCUCAGUCUCUGGUCAACCUCUUCAACUCUCCUCUCUACUCUGAUGUCAUCUUCAUGGUGCAAGGGAGUGUGUUACCAGCUCACCGGGCGGUCCUGGUGGCUCGCUGCGAUGUCAUGGCGGCCAUGUUCAGCGGGAAGUACGCGGAGGCACGGAGUCGGGUGGUGCCCAUCCACGGAGUCUCCUCUGACACCUUCCUCUCCUUCCUGGAGUAUCUCUACACAGACACCUGCUGUCCCGCCAGUGUGUUGCAGGCGAUGGCCGUGCUGGUCUGUGCAGAGAUGUACCAGGUGAAGCGCCUGCAGCACCUGUGUGAGGUGUGUGUGUGUGCCUACCUCCAAAGCAUGCCUAGCCGAGAGCUGGCAUCAACUGGCAUCAGUGUGAUCCGCCUUCUCCGUAGGGCUAAGUGCCACAAUGCAGAGCAGCUGUACGUAUGGCUCCUCCACUUCAUAGCCAAUAACUACCUAAUCUUCAGUCACAAGCCAGACUUCCUGGAGCUCUCAGAGGAGGAGCGGGAACAGGUGGAGAGACUGCGCUGGCCUUCCCGAGGGUACCUGCAGGAACUGAGCGAGUACCAGCAGCGUCGACGCAAACUCAAGAAGUCCCGCUGCCUCGUCAUGUGA